AUGUCCCACAGUGGCUGUUCUGGAACCUUCUCCUCCCGCUCCCUUGGCAGCUGCCUGCGCUCCCCGGGCCCCUCCUGGGGCUCUUCCUACCCCAGCAACCUGGUCCUCAGCCCUGACCUGGGCUCCCCCAGGCCCUGCCAGCGGGGCUCCUCUCUCCACAGGGGCCAGAGGACCUGCUGGGAGCCCCCCCGCUGCCGGACGUUCUGCUGUGACCCCAGCACCCCCAGGCUCUGCAGUCCCUGCUGGAUGACGCCCCCGGGGGCUCUGGGCUGUGGUCUCAGCAGCUGCUCCCUGGGCUGUGGGUCCCGGGGCUCCAGACCCCUGGGGUACGGAGUCUGUGGGCUCCCCUCCCAGAGCUCUGGGUGUAGAUACUGGUGCCCGUCUUACUUGACUUCUAGGGUCACCCAGUCUCCCUGUCACAGACCAGACUGCGGAUCCAGCUGCUUGAUCCUCUGCUGA